AAAGACGUCUCCUACACUCCGCGAGUCUCUGGGUCUUGGCGCGCGGGAUGGAGUGGACCCGGGAAGCCUCUGAGGGAGGCCAGGCCGAGGUCCGGUCCCCAGAAGAGCCCUUGGAAAGCCCGGAAAUGGAGCAGCCUCAGGUGGCCAUGGAGGCGACACAACCCAGGGUUCCCAACGGCAGCCCGAGGGCGGAGGGGGCCCGGCGGGAGGCGGCAGGGGCGGAGCUGCAGGAGUUCUCCGCAGAGGUGCCUCAGCCUCCUGCCCUGUCCUGUUCCCCGCGCGUUCCGCCGCUCAGCCUCGGCUACGGUGCCUUCCGCCGCCCGGGCUCAUGCAGCCGCGAGCUGCCAUCGCCGAGCCCCUCGUGGGCCGAACAGCCCCGGGACGGCGAGUCCGAGCCGCAGCCCUGGGCGGCGUCUGGAGAGCCCGCGCCCGGCUCCUGGGCGCCCGUGGAGCUGCAGGUGGACGUGCGCGUGAAGCCCGUGGGCGCGGCUGGGGCUAGUCGCGCUCCUUCGCCAGCGCCGUCCACGCGCUUCCUCACCGUGCCAGUGCCGGAAUCGCCAGCCUUCGCCCGCCGCUCGGCUUCCACGCUCCAGCGGCUGCCGCUCGCCCCGUCACCGGGCUCUACGUGGGGCCGAGGAUCGCCCCUUGCUGCGACCUCGACCGAGCAGGUGGGACCCGCUGAGGGCUGCCCGGUCUCCCCCGCCUGCCGCUGCCAGGAGCCCGGGCUGGCCAAAGAAGACGCUGCGCUGUUGCAGCGCGCAGGCUUAGACAGCAAGAAAUUACCCCGAGCCAUCGCGCUGAUAGGCCUGCCCCAGUACAUGAAGUCCCUGCGCUGGGCUCUGGUGGUCAUGGCUGUGCUGCUGGCAGUCUGCGCUGUAGCCAUUGUGGUUCUGGCCUCGAGAGGUGGAGCCAGGUGCCAGCCAUGCCCUCAAGGCUGGAUGUGGUCUCAGGACCACUGUUACUACCUCUCCGAAGAAGCCCAAGACUGGGAGGGCAGUCGGGCAUUCUGCCUAGCGCACCAUGCCACGCUGCCCCUGCUGAACCACACCCAGGACUUCCUAAGAAAAUACCAGAUCACCAAGGGCUUCUGGGUGGGGGCUCGACGAGGCCCCGAAGGCUGGCACUGGACUGACGGGGUCCCCUUGCCAUCCCAACUGUUCCCGGAAGACAGUGAGGACCACCCAGACUGGAGCUGUGGAGGUUUGGAAGAAGGCAGGCUUAUGGCUCUGGACUGCAGCUCCCCCAGACCCUGGGUCUGUGCAAGGGGAACAAAGUGACUUAGUCUCCUGUGGUAGCCAUGUCAGGAGCUGUGUUCACUGCUUUUGCUUUGGUGUGGCCAGAACACCUGACAGAAACAACUUCAAAGAGGCAAAAGUGAGCAAGCAGGCUCACCGAUUCAGAGGGUUUCCCCUGGUGGGGCUGCCCAGUUCUCAGCAGCAGAGGGAGUGUCGGAGCCAGGGGUGGGAACAACUUUCAAAGGUCUGUCACUGUUGACAUACCUCUACAAAUCAAGCUCUACCUCCUAAAGCUCCUACAGUCACCCCUAAAUCCAGCACUACGAGCUGGGAACAUUUUAUUCUCAUAGCAGAGCACACAGAACUUACUGUGUGGUCCAGGGAUUACAGAUGUGUUCCACCACACCCAGCCUACGGCUAACGCAAAUGCAAACUGCAUUCAGCUCAACUGUUCAAAAGUCCAAAAAAGACUGUCCUGAGAAUCUUAGCAAACUUCUAGCCUGAGCCUCUGUCAAAUUAAACACAAGUGGCACACUUCUAAAAUGAAAUGACAGAGUAACAUUUCCCACUUCAAGAGAGUAAAACGAAACUAGGCAGGAGAGGUUAGACCAAUA